UCAACGCGCGCGGUUCGCUUGCUCCGUUCAGUUACAUUUAUAAAUAAGAUCCUUCAGAUCCUAAAAAUUAUUUCGGAGCUUUGUUAAAAAGUGCAAAAAGUGAACAAAAUAUGUCCUUAAAAGGAUUGUGCAAAAAGAAAAGUGUAUAACCAAGAAUAUUGUGAACCUUUAAAAAUAAAAUUAUCUCAAAAACGAAACAUAUAAAAUUAGCAUUAUUAAACCACAAAAACGUAAUAUAAAAAUGAUUCUGAAAAUCGUGCUGGCGGUCAUUGCGAUCUUCUUUAUGAAGACGACACACGUGCAUUCCAGUUUUCCAACUGACAUAAAUAAGAAUUAUGUAGACAUGAGCAAUUCGACCUUGCCCAGGACCACCUCUCAUCCACAUACCUAUCGCACUCGUUCUCGUUACUUUCUACCUCUUCGCGAAAUUCAUAACGAGGAGGAGAAGCACUACGGGGGGUAUUCCGAAGAUCAGGAGAUCCUGAGGUUUCCCCACAAGCGUGUGGCACGUGACCAGGCCAUCCAGGAGCUGCUCCACUAUGGAGUGGAUAUCCACCGCAGUGUCAAUGGCAACCACGUGGGGCAGUUCGACGAUAAUCACCUACAUUUUGAUACCGCCGACACUGGGAACGAGGACUUUCCAACAAAUCAGCCUGUGGUGGGGACUGCCAAAAGGGAAAUCCAGUCGGGAACCUCAAAUGCCGUCGAGGAGGCUAGAAUACGGAAAAUCAACAUUGCCCGUAACAAGGCACUCAAAAACAGGGUCGAAGCUCACAGAUUGUAUAUGUUAGAGUACGGGGCCUGUCGAUGGCCAAGGCCAGAGGUUGUCCACAUCGCGACGGAAACCGACACGGUCUACUCCCCCCGGGCCACGAUCCUUCACCGGUGCAGCGAUAGGAUCGGAUGCUGCGAACCACAGAAAACCUGCACGGUGAAGACGAAUGAGACGGUGGAGCGGGAGUUCACCAUGCAGCGGGGCCAUUACUCGGUGUCCAAAAUUCUUUACAUGCAGAAUCACACGGAGUGCGAGUGCGUGUUUGUGGAAACUCGUCGCAAACGCAGUCCCACCUGCCAAUGUCCGAAGCACUUCAUCGACUUUAGCUGGGCGAGAUCGCCUCCGUCGGCGGAGGAGGAGGAGCAUCUGGAGGUGCUUCUGCUGGAGCGGCAGGAGCCGCGCUGUCGAUGCGACUGCCACCUCAGCGACGACACGUGCCAGAGGCUGAAGAACGGCGUCGAGGGAUUCUCGGUGAUGGAGCGACGACGCAUUCAAAGCGGAGAAGUCACUCCGCCCUUCUGCAAUUUCGGCCUAUAUGACAUCAGAAACGGCCGUUGUCCGCGUCCGGGAAUUCGAAAUCCGAAUCUGAAUGUGCCACAAUACAUCCAGUCGAGGCGCCAAGAUGGCAAGAGCUAAACCAAAACCCCCAUCAAAAACAAUCAAUCCAGAACUGUCCAUAAACUAAAAAACUACUUAUACAAUACUACUAUUUAAAGUUACGAGUGAGCCAUUGAACAACAAAAAAUCCAGAACUGAUUCAUUGGAUUGACGGAUAGACUCUCCCAAUGAUAGUGUUUUGGUGAACUAAUUCACUAAAUGCAUUUUAUGGGAACUUCCAUAUGUUUAGUCGUUAGUAUAAUGAGCUAUAAUAUUUAAAGAUUGCGUUUUCCACAGGGUGAAGAUCAACCUUUUCAAAAACAAAAAACGCAUUUUAAAUAAUAAUUCUACAGCACAUACACAUUAAAUAAAACGUAUAUAGUAAUAAAUGCUGAAAGUAAGAUGCCAGUAAAAGAAAAAAAAGCUAGAAACAAAAAUACAUCACAUAGACCCAAGUUCCGAUCAGAAGUAUUGUAAAACAACAUUCGAGUUACUUAAGUUAUCGUCGAUUAAGUUCACCUCCUAAGCUACUUAUGUAAUAUAUUUGUAUACAAUUAAACGAUACUUCUAGUCACAACAA